UACGGUAUUACACGGUACCGAAAAGAAAUGAGACCAUAAUACACAGCACUAUUUAUUAAUGUUUUCCGAUAUAAGGUGCAUCUCACCAUUUGCACUAGCUGCCCUCUGAAUAUAUUAGUGUUGAGAAAACUGUACAUUUAGGACAAUUUGACAAGAUGUCUAUCGUGGAAUUUAGACCUGCAGAAACUUUGACCAUCCGAUUAAGCCGACGGGACUCGGGUGUGUCAUGGGGAUUUCGUCUGCAGGGUGGCACGGAUUUUAACAUUCCACUGUCUGUACAGUCGGUGAAUCCAAACAGUGUUGCUGAUAGGGCCGGUCUGCAGGCAGGGGAUGGUAUCCUAUUUAUUAACAAUGCUAACACAGAUCAGCUAUCACAUGAACAAGCUAAAAUGGAGAUGAUCAGAUCUGGCAAUGAAAUAUACAUGACUGUAGUCAGAGGUGCUGUAGAAGUAUGGAAACCGAAAGUAACAGCCUUGUCGGAUCUACGUCCACAAGAAUUACGUCAAAUAAAGACUGCUACUGGAGAUACCAUUACAGCAGUCCAGAAAACAGACCUCACCAGAGAUGGACCACUGGAGUCAUUAAAAAUAGGAAGUAGCCACAAUCGUUCAGCGAAACCAUUUGGACAAUCAAGCCAGUAUGAACCGCCAAGACCAGAAUACCAACAACAACAACAGCAACAGUAUAGACCACCCCCUCAACAACAACAGCAAUAUCAACCACCUCCUCAACAACAGCAGCAGCAAUAUAGAGAACAGCAACAACAACAACAACAACAAUAUAGGCCACCCCCUCAACAACAACGUCAGCCAAUGAGUCCUACAUCACCUAAAGUACCUGUUCCAACAGUUGUCCAUGCUCAGUUUAAUUCUCCAAUGGGCUUGUACUCGGCUCCUCAUAUUGCUGAAAGUUACAAUGUACAGACAAAAGGAAUACAGGAAGAGAUGAAAAACUUAGACGUAGAAGAUGCACCUGUAGGAAUGAAAAUCAGUGGAACAUAUCAGCCAAUACAAGAAGACACAGGUGAUGAUGAUGAGGUCACAGGGGUCACUGAGCAUGCUCCCUUACCUGAUACAGCAGACGACAACUCUAACAGUGUGAAGUGUGAAGACAAUAAUCAGCAUGAAAUUAUUAAUACUAAUCCUGAAGUGGAAAGACCUAGUGGAUUUAGAUCAGUGACAGCACCAAAGUUUGACCCCUCACAAAACCAAUCACCGAAACAAGAAUCAAUGCACUGUGUAAAGUGUGGAAAUAUGGUCAGUGGUGUAUUUGUAAAGAUCAAGGGACAGCCAUACCAUGCACAGUGUUUUACAUGUACUUCCUGUGGUGUUAAUCUAAAACAGAAAGGAUAUUUUGUGAUAGAAGGUAGUUUAUUUUGUGAAAUCCAUGCCAAACAAAAAGCAGAAGCCCCUGGUCCAAACAUGAGACAAGCUGAUGUUGUUUAUCGAUAAACAGUUUUAAUUGGAACCUAUAUAAGACUUUGAUGUGUGAUUCCCUGAAGAUAUCUACAAAAAAGAUCUGAUUAACAGAAUGCUCAGAUUUGUUUAUUUAUGCUCAUAUAUAUUUAUACCUUUGUGUAAAGAAAGUAAAUUUUUACAGAUUUGAAGUACAGAUUUUCCAAAAAAGUAUAUUUCCAUUAAAGAUGUUCAAAUGGUUAUAAAAAUAGUAACAGAUUCAUAGAAUCAUAAUUAUUUAUUGGUUGUUAUUUUUGUAAAGACUGGGUGAAUAUUGUGGAUUCGUUAUUUUUUAUAGGUUACCAAUGUUUGUGGGUUAGAAUUUAAAAGUUCAAGGAAGUGUUAAGUUUUCUAUAGGCUUGUAGACAGACUUUUGCAAAAUCGUGAUAAUAUACAUCUAUGAAAAUACAAUUUUCCUCAAAUCUACGACACCAAAUGAAUCCCCAAUAUAUUAAAAAUAAAUACAACUUGAACACAGUGAUUUUAAAUUGUCAAGCAAGUCAAAAACUGUCAAAGAUAUGGAAAUAUAUUCUGUUAAUUUUUAUUGCAAAGAGGAAUUUUGACAAAAAUCUGACUACGAAAAAAGUUUUACAGUAUUCUGAAAAAGUAGAUAUUUUUGAAAUUUCAAUAUUUACUAGAGUAGAUUUUUAUGCACUGAAAUAUAUUUUUAUACAGCUUACUGUGUAGGUACACAGAAUAUUAUUUUUUUACAAAAUUGCUUUUUUUUGUGUGUUCAGGGUAAGGUUAAAAUAAGGAAAUGUGCCUUCAACUUCAUGUAUACUAUUGUUAAGCUGUGAUACAAUACAAACUUUGGUCAGUUUUUUUCUGUUACUGUAUAAUUCUAUAUUGUAACAUAAAUUAUAUUUUUGAAGAUUGUGUUUCUAUGAUAUUAUGACUUGCUAUUCCAUGGUGGAAUAUAUUAGAUAAUGAUAUUUUUAUACAUAUAUACAUGUAUUAUAAGUUUGGAAAUUUAACUCAUGCAAGCAUAAGCAGAUAUUUCUGGGGAAUGUUUCUAUGUAUAAAGGUGGAACCUAUAAAAAAAAAAUUCAUUAAAUGUAUAGUGAAUGAUACCAGGGUAUUUAGUGCUGAAUGUUCCCACUAAAAUGACCCACUUUGUAGAAAAUAUUAAUGGAUACUUAAUUUGUGAUAUAUGUGUAAUGGGUUUUAUGUCGAUUUUUUUUUUACUACAUUUAAGAUAUUUAGAUUCCAUUGAGAAUCAACAUCUUUAUUUCAGUUGCAUAUAAACGUUAUCACCCAUUUUAAAUCAAUUUUGCAAGAGUUAUCUUUCUUGACUAGUCAGAUUUUUUUUUUUGUAGUAUCAUUUGAAAACAUGUGCAAUUUUAAUCAGAAAAUCAGUACAAUAUGAUAUCACCUUAACUCAAAACUAAUGCAUAUCAUCUUUUUAUGGCCUCAAUAUUUUUUUUAUUAUUAUUUUUUCUACAAGUGAUAUUGACUAUCAACCCUUAUAAGUUCAGACAUUUCUUUUUUCAAACUUAAUCAACAAUAAACAAAUUGAGUAGACAUAGUUAUAAAUUAGCCUCAAGUAUGCCUAUAUUUUAAGAAAUAUGAAUUUUAUAUACCUAAUUAGUUCCUACCGGUUAUAUUUUUUAAAAGCUUCUAGAAACUUCUCCGCAGAUAUAUUGUGUGAAUGAAUGUUUGUUGUGAAUGUUUUGGAGUGGUUAAUUGUAUUUUGUCCCCCACUCUCUUCUUUUCUCCUUUUUUUGAGUAUUUAAUAAGUACCACAUUUUGUGUGUACCUAGCUUCUGAUUUCUGUUUCAGAAAACUUUCCAUAGACCUGAGUAUAUAUGCAAGUGUAGAUAAAUAUGAUUGUUUUGUGAAACAGUUAACUGGAUUGUAAAUUCAGAGAUAUCUGAAGUAUAUUUUGUUGAUCUGAGACUGACACAAUACAAAGAAUAAGGACUGUUAAAUAUUUAUAUAAUAUACAUAUAUUUUUACUUGAAAUGUUUCAAUAUUUUAUUUAAAGGUCCUUUCUGUUCAAUGAAUUAUUGCUUUCCCUUUUGGUGUCUGUUUCCAUCUUUUUGUGUUUGUUAUGUUACUGUGUACUUUUACAUGAAAAAGGGCAUUGAUUCAUGUAUUAAAAUGAAAGUAUUCCGUUAAAUUUUUAGCUUUUCUGUUUUUAAUAUGUUAAUUUAUUUGAUUACACUAGAUGUGAAAAUACCAUUGAUUAAGUAUCUGUUGUACUUAUCAUAUGAUAUAAUAUUCAGUCACAUGGUUAGAUUAAAUUAGUUUCUGUAGGGAAUAAAUGGUUAAAAAUUGCUUAAAUCAAGGUCAGACAAUUAUAAGCUGAUUAAAAAGGGUAACAAACAAUAAAAUGUAUGGUUAACUUGAAUCAAAUAAUAAAUUUGCAAUGGUAUUUUCCCACACUGUGUAAUUUGACUGACACAUCUGAUUGUAUAUUGAAAGAUAUUAUAAGUUUGAUAGAAGUACAUGUAGUUGAACCUUGCUUUAUUUGUUUGUGAUAGUUUCUGUUUCUUUCCUAUUUUGUAUGGUAUUAACUUACCUACUGAGAGAACAUCAGUGUUUGGACAAUGAAAAAGUAAAACAGUUGAUAAAACACACUUCUAAGUUGGAAUGAACACAAUGGACUAUAGAAAAUUAUAAAUGCCUUUUGAUAACUGUUCAAUAGAUAAAACAUUUACAUAAAAUCACAAUUUCAUCUUCUUCAGUUUGUAAAAUAAUUAUUGAUAGGCAAAGAAAAGAUAGAUUUUCAAGGAUUUUCCAAAAAAGUUUGAUUUAUUGGACAAGUCAGACGUGCCCAACUGCCAACAAUGUAUAUAUAAUUACCAUAGCAAGGUUCAGUUGUUUGUUUACCAGAAUAGAUAUUUUAUUUUAUUUUGACUUGUUUUUUUUUAUUUUGUAAUAUUUACAUUUAUAUGCAAUGUCCCAUAUGGGCACUUCCUGUCAAAGGUGCUUAACAUUAUUUUUAUAGUUAAAUGUUUGUAGUAUAUUUAGAUUAGAAAGUUGUAGUAUAUUUAGAAGAUUAGAUUAUUUAUAUAUUUUUACACACAAUUCUGAAAUAUACAUGUAGCACAUUGUAGCCUUCAGUAAAAAGUACUAUUUUUGUAUUCUGUUUUUUUCAUGAAACUUUUUUCCCUGUCUCACAGCAGACAGGGAUACAGUAAUGUUAGUCAUCCAGAAUUUUUUGUUGCUCAAGUGAUCACUAGAUCUAAAAUCAGCAUAUUAUUUUUUUAUAAUGAUGCAUACAGCAUAAAACUGUGUAUUCUGGCAUUAUAUUUGGGAAGAAAACUAUUAGGUCAAUAUGGAAAUAUUGUAUUCAUAAUGACUGCUAUUUAUAUUUUCCCUCCAAUUUUCUUAGUGAGUUUUAGUUGGGUUGUUUGCCCUCUAAAUCCCUAUCCAUUUAUCAUUUAUAAAGAAUACAUGUAUAGUUUUUUCAGUUGCAUCUAAUUUGAAUAAUAUCUUCAAUGAGUAUAAAUUGUCAUUUGUGUAUAGUGUUAAGUUAUUUUUAGAAUGUAAUGAAUGUUGUUGUUAUACCCUGCAAUAUUUAGAUCUGCUAUUUUGUAUACUGCUUUACACCACUUAUCUAUUUGUUGGAAUAAAGUUUAUGAAAAGUUA